GUUUAUCACUUCCUCUUCUGAGCAUCAAUAUAUACUGGGCAGAAGACGCCUCUCGACACAACUGAUCUCAGCCAACAUGUCAGCGAUCUCUUACCUACUGCUGGCAGCUACUGCAGCGUGCUGCUUCACGACUCUCUGUGCAUUGCCAAUGGAAGGCUUUGGUUCCAACAAGUGUCAGUGUGUGACCACCACCUCAUCCGUAGUCUCAGCUCAGUCGUUCCAGAGAAUUGAGAUCGUGCCUCCAGGAGCAAACUGUCGUAAAACCGAGAUCUUGAUUACCAAAAAGAACAACCAUACAGUUUGCAUAGACCCUGAAGCACUAUGGAUCAACAAAUUAAUCGUAAAAAUAAUGAAGAGAAAAAGAAGUGCGAAGGAAACCGCUGCGCCCACUGUGGCAUAAAACGCGAGCAAGAACAACUUUCCAUUUCCUACUUUUCACUUAUUACUUUUCAUUCAAGCAGUUGAUGUGUCGUGCUGAAUGUCAUUAGGCCACAUUCGCAAAUUAAAAACAAGUCUGCCUACAAAAUCUGUAACGAUUAUAACGAAAUAAAAAUCACACAAGCUUCUUUCUUUAAAA